GAUGCUGUGGCAGGGUCAGAGACGAUAGUAAGUAUAGUUCAGCAAAAAGCAAAUGCUGCAUCACGGGAUUAUUUGACUUUUUCUUUCUUUUUUCUUUUAUUAUCUUCCCAUUGUCACUUUUUUCUUCAAGCACUUGCUUCCAACGUGAAACAAUUUCUUUUUCAGCUUUUUUUUUUUUACCCACUAAAGCUCGGCGGGAGUGACUGAUGACCGAUCAUCAAAAGGUGAGAACAAGAAAUCCCCUCGCUGAUGGCAGUGAUGACGAAUGAGACACACCCAUCAUAUGUGCCCCAUUACCUCCUCCGUGGUGAUCCUUUUGCCUCCAGACUCUCAAAAGAAGCAGACAUUGUUGCAGCGUUUUAUAUCUGCAUUAUAGGUAUUCUGUCCGCAACAGGGAAUGGCUAUGUCUUGUAUAUGACGAUCAAACGCAAAACUAAAUUGAAGCCUCCAGAGCUUAUGACUUUGAAUUUAGCCAUCUUCGACUUUGGAAUAUCAGUGACAGGAAAGCCCUUUUUUGUUGUUUCUAGUUUCUCCCACCGUUGGUUGUUCGGUUGGGACGGCUGUCAGUUCUACGGCUGGGCAGGCUUUUUCUUCGGAUGUGGGAGCCUCACCACCAUGACUAUGGUCAGCCUGGAUAGAUACCUCAAGAUCUGCCAUCUCAGAUACGGGACUUGGUUGAAAAGGCAACACGCCUUUCUCUGCUUAAUCUUUGUCUGGAUAUAUGCCGCCUUUUGGGCCACCAUGCCCCUGGUAGGCUGGGGAAGUUAUGCCCCGGAACCAUUCGGGACCUCCUGCACCUUGAAUUGGUGGUUGGCGCAAUCCUCUGUGGCCGGCCAAAGUUUUGUAAUGUCUAUUCUCUUCUUCUGUCUUAUCCUUCCAACUGUAAUUAUGGUCUUUUCCUAUGUGAGGAUUAUCUAUAAAGUCAAAUCAUCCGCAAAAGAAAUCUCACACUGUGAUGCCCGAAUCAAUAACAAUCAAAACCUUGAGAUAAAACUUACAAAGGUGGCCAUGUUGAUCUGUGCAGGAUUUUUGAUUGCCUGGAUCCCAUAUGCGAUUGUGUCAGUGGUGUCGGCAUUUGGGGAGCCGGACUCGGUGCCCAUACCCGUGUCUGUCAUUCCUACUCUGCUUGCCAAAUCCUCGGCAAUGUACAAUCCAAUCAUCUACCAGUUAGUGGGCCUGAAAAACUCCUGUUCACCUUUCUGCUUAAAGGCCCUGGGGAAACGCAGGCCUUUUCGAAAGCCCAGAUUCUACACAAUUUCUGGCUCAAUGAAGGACACACGAGCACCCAAAGAAACUCAGGUUGAAAUGUGAGACAGACAGAACGUCUGGGCUGCUUGCAACAGUUUGUCUUCUCCCCGUCCGUUUUCACUUUGCCCAUUCACACGCUGCCUAUCGUCAACAAUGUCAUUAUCAAGCUCUUAUCAUUAUCCCUAAAUUACGAUUACCGUAGAUUUCUGACUAUAAGCCGCAACUUUUUUCGCAAAUUUUGAACCUGGAAUCACGAGUUUUAGCUAGUGUGGUUUAUAGCCCAGUGCCGUUUAUAGCCCGGUGCGGCUUAUAGUCCGAAGAUUACGGUACAUCUGGCUCGUUUACACCUGCAACACAACCUCGGUGUCCUUCCUCCAGCUUCUCUUCCAUCACAAAAAAAAAAAUUCCAAGGAGGUGAUAUUGUGAAAUGUCUUGACUCAGUUUUGCAGUAUUUUAAGCAAACAAAUACUGACUCAGGAUUAAAGAUAUUUUGGAAAGGUUCAUUGAAAGUUAGAAGUUAAGUAUGGACUAAGCAAAUGUUACACUAAUGAUUAUUGCUGGAAUCAUAACAACAAAAGUAAAACAAUAAAUACAGUACAUGGUGUCUGAGUCCACAUCCAAUUUGUUAUACUGGAUCAAAAUUUUGGGUGUAACUGUUUUUUUCAGUCUUCUGCACUUCUACACAUGUGGCUUGUGUAUCAAAUAAUGUUUGAACUAGCACUUUAUUCCAUCUGGUUGUGUUUUUUGCAUUUGAAGAGGAUCUGCGUCCGAGAGGUGAGUUGGAAACUGUCACAAUGCAGAACUGGUGAGAAUUCAGAGUUAAGUCCCACCAAAAGCCUCACUAAAACAUAUGAGUGCACUUUAUUUGCAAAAAUUAUUUUGUAUGCAUUAGAAACGGUUUAGUUUCACAAAUACUUUUGUAAAUUGUCCCGGUAAUUUUCAUAUGAAACUGUUCUCUUUCAUGAUUUGAGGGUUGUUGUUUUUUAAUGAUUCCAUAUGCUUAUCUGCUUUCUUGUGUUUACCAUUUCAGCAAAAAAAUAUAUAAUAAUGCAAGCAUUGUAAUUUAUUAAUGAUGACUCAGUACAAAACAAAUGGGAAUCCCUCAAAAUUUGGGAUUUGGUUCAGCAAUUUACAACAAAGCGUCCCAUAUUUUCCGCACUUUAAUUUAAUUUAGCCUUUAAUUUUCUCAAAAACCGAAAGUGCGCCUUUAAGGUACGACUUUUGUGUGGACCGUAUUACGAAAUCUGUAAACGGUUUAAUAUGUAGGCGUAAUAUGUAGACCCGAUGAAUCAAUCAGAGGAUUACAUUUUACAUAAAUCGGGGCGGUAAACCAAUCAGAGGACUGUACGCAAUACGUAGAUUACGUACCUCCGCCGCCAUUGACAAAUAAAUACUAUCGAAUUCAUUUGCGCCCUAUGUGUAGAUUAAAUUCAUCAAAGCCCCCGCAAUUGAGUCUGCACCUUUUAACCCGAUGCGCCUUAUGGUACGGAAAAUACGGUACUACUUUUCUAAAAGUGAUAUGAGGAUUAAACUGCGCGUAUGGAACAUUUAGAAAAAAUCAAAACAAAAUUUAGUGAGGUAAUAGAAGGCUUUUGUACGUUCCCCUUUUUGCGCGUGACAACACCUAGCACUAAGCACACGCUUCAAUCUCAAGUGUUUGGCCAUCUUCCAGUAUCUUUAACACAUGACUGAGCCUUUUGUUGUAAUGUUUUGUUGUCUUGUUGUAAAACAUAAACAUAAUUGGUGAUGUGUCAUUAAUACACAUCUUUCAUGUUAAAUGUCAUAGAACACAAAUGUUAGUUUUGUUGUUUUUUGUGGUAGCUGUGUAGGAAUGAUGUUGCACUUUUCUGUAACAUCACAACAGGAUGAAUAUGAAUUACAAAAUAAUUCUUUACUUGCAGCCAAAGUCUCAUUAGCUCUUUUGUGCUCUGACCUGUAUUCAAGUUUCAGUAACACCAUUUAUUUUGUUUUUUCCAGAAAAUAUGCAAAUUCUGCUUUUUAUUUUUACAUCACAGCAGCAUUAACUAGAAUUUAUUUGACUUUGUGACAUCAGUGUCCUUCAAGUUGUUUAAAAGUUUUGAUCUCAAAGUAUAUUGUACAAAUGUUAUAUGUUUUUACUGAAGAAAGAUAUUCUUUACUGACUACUA